CCCGGCCCGGCGCCCGCUUCCGGUUCCGGCGGCGGAGGAAGAUGGCGGCGCUGGGGAAGGGCUCGCGGCUGCUGCGCGCCGCCCUCAGCUCGGUGCCGGGGCGCGGCCUGGCGGCGGCGGCGUCCCACGAGGCCGGGGGAGCCCGGCUCUGGAGGACGCUGACCUUCGUCGUGGCCCUGCCCGGUGUGGCCGUGUGCAUGCUGAACUGCUACCUGAAGGCGCAGCACGAGGGCGAGCGGCCCGAGUUCGUCCCCUACACGCACCUCCGCAUCAGGACCAAGCCCUUCCCCUGGGGCGAUGGGAACAAAACUCUAUUCCACAAUUCUCACCUUAAUGCUCUCCCCACCGGUUAUGAAGAUGAAAACUGAGGUGCUGACCACAGCCAGGACUCUGGCUCUCCCUGUGUUCGGACCAGGCUGCUCUGUGGGAACCAUCGCUUAAGAAAAACCACAUUCCUUCUACGCUCAAAUGGACCGGUGGUGCGUGCUCCACCUGUACUUGUGUAGAGGUCCUUUAAAUAAACGAUUCCAAACUUGAA